UGUAAUGCUGUCGGUCAUUAUAAUCACUCGAUUGUAUGCCAUGUAUCAGCGAUCCAGAAAAAUCCUGAUAUUCCUCAUUGUCACCUUCCUGGCUGUCAACAUUUUUGACAGGGUGGUCACCGUAAUGGUAACGAUGCAAGUCUCAGGGGAGGAAUUCAUUCUCUCUGGCGCUUAUCUGUGCGAGGUUGACUAUCCAGAAGAUAUCCCACUUCUUAUGUCUGCUACUUGGAUACUCAGCACCGCGUGGGAGGUCCUCACACUAUGUCUCGCAAUCUGGAUUGCGGUAAAACACUUCCGUGAAAUGCGACAACAUUCGGAAGGAGGGAUUUUCGAGGACUGUUUCAUGGUGUUGAUGAAAACUCACGUGGUUUACUUUGCGAGUUUUGUUGCUGUUUCUUGCUUCGAGCUCAUUGCUGAUUUCACUCCAAUAUUAUUAACGUCCAAUUCCAUGGGCGCUCAGAUCGUUGUGGGUUUUAUUCAGAUCUCGCAGGUCGUACAGGUGUUUGUGCUGGGACCGCGCCUGAUUCUUGGUCUUCGAGAAUACCGUGCUAAGCUGGCUGCCGAUGCCGACGAACCGAUUGUCAUGACCUCAAUCGCUUUCCAGGAGCGUGUGCAUAUAUCGACUGGUAGUGGUGUGUGAUACUUGGCGAAGUUAACGGCUGCCUCGUACUCUAAAAGGGCGGGGGAUUUUGCUUUUAUUUAUUCCCACUUUCGCGAUGGUGUUUAUUUGCUAGAUUUCAAGGAGACAUGCACAGUUU